AUGGAGGACCCGUCAGGCGACGUGCAGGCCGUGUGGCAGUGCGAGGACGUGCUGGCGCGGCUGUGGGCCAGCGGCGCGUUUGACGACGCGAAGAGCAUCGUUGACAUGGCCGUGCUCACUGGCGUUGACGCCCUCAGACUCGCGCUCACUGCAGCCACCGAGCUAUCGGCAGAGGAAGCUCGGCGAAUCGUGUCUCAGCACCUGGCGCCGGCAGGCGCGGAUCUUCAUGCCUUCACUCCCUCUGACUUCCAUCCACAUCCGCCCUCCUUCCUCCCGCGUGUCGUCCACCCACCAACCCGCCAGUGGGCUCUCUCCGUGCAUCGCCUCUGGCCGCUCCUCUCCUUCCGCACUGCCCCUCCUUCCACCGCCGCUGCCACUGCCACGGUCUCCCAUCCUGUGCGCGCCCUUCCAGCUAUUCCCAGCGCGCAUCCCCCCUGCGCGGAUUCAAAGCGCAGUGCAUGGGGGGAACGGGGAGUCGACGCGGGGCCGGCGCCUGAGGUGCAGCAGCAGGAUGACGGGGGGCAGGGGAGGGGAGCACCGCAUGAUGGGCUGGUGAUGCAGGGAGGCUCGCUGCUGGCGCUGCCACAUGCGCCGGUGAUAAUACCGGGGGAGCGGUUCAGGGAGAUGUACUACUGGGACACUUACUGGGUCAUCCGGUGCGUACUGGGUCAUCAGGUGCGUGCUGGGUCAUCAGGUGCGUGCUGGGUCAUCAGGUGCGUGCUGGGUCAUCAGGUGCGUGCUGGGUCAUCAGGUGCGUGCUGGGUCAUCAGGUGCGUGCUGGGUCAUCAGGUGCGUGCUGGGUCAUCAGGUGCGUGCUGGGUCAUCAGGUGCGUGCUGGGUCAUCAGGUGCGUGCUGGGUCAUCAGGUGCGUGCUGGGUCAUCAGGUGCGUGCUGGGUCAUCAGGUGCGUGCUGGGUCAUCAGGCGCGUGCUGGGUCAUCAGGGGGCUGCUGGUGAGCGGCAUGCUGGACUCUGCCCUGGCGGCCGUGCGCAACCUGCUGCAUCUCGCCCGCACGCACGCCCAUGUUCCCAACGGCUCCCGCGCUUACUACCUCAAUAGAAGCCAGCCGCCACUGCUGAGUCACAUGGUGCGUGUAGUGCAUGCAGCGCUGCAGGCGCAGGGGCAGGGAGAGCAAGGCCAGCACGCACCGCAGGGUGGGGAGGCGUCAGCGGGGAGUGAGGGCGCAGGCAUGGGGCGCAGCGAGCAGGCGGAGAGUCUCUUGAGGGAGGCACUACCUGUGCUGGUCAGGGAGCAUGAGUUCUGGACGCAAGCACCGCAUGGCAUCACAGUGUACCACCCUCCCUCUGGGCGCUCGUUCAACCUCUCUCGCUACUAUGCCAUGUGGACCCGCCCUCGCCCUGAAUCCUUUCCUCAGGACACGGAGACAGCGCGCCUGGCAUCGCAGCGCCCCCUGGAGCAUCUGCACCACACCACCUCGCCGCGCGGCACCUCGCAGGUGCAGGCGGCGUUGUUCAGGGAGCUGGCGACAGUGGCUGAGUCGGGGUGGGACUUCAGCUCGCGCUGGAUGCGUGACCGCGGGGACUUGACGAGCAGCCACCCCACGAGUGUGCUGCCAGCGGACCUCAACGCGCUGCUCUUCCACCUCGAGUCCACCGUCGCUGCGCUCGCCACCUCGCUGCUCUCCACCCUCUCCUACCCCCCCCACGCUGCCACUGCUGCGCCUCCUGAGGGGGCAGAGGCGGCAGCAGUGAGUAGCGCAUGGCUGGCAGAGGUGGCGGCGCGCUUUGAGAUGCUGGCGGAGCAGAGGAGGGAGGCCAUGGACGCCAUGAUGUGGUGCCAGGGGGAGCUGGCAGAGGGGGGAGGAGGGGUAGGUGACGCAGCAGCAGAGGGAGGAAGAGCGGCAGAGCGUGGCAAGGAGCAAGUGGGGCGAUGGAGGGACGUAUGGAUCCAGCCAAGAGGCACGGGUGGGGAGGAAGGUGGCGCUGCUGCAGAUGCUGUGAGUGUGGGUGGGGGGCUGGAGCAGGGCCAGCAUCGGUGCAUCAGCGCAGGGGACGUGCAAGGGACUGCGCCAUCAGGCGAUGUGUAUGCAUCGGAUUACAUCCCCCUGUGGUGCGGCCUCCUGCCUCCUGGUGACCACCGUAUUGACAUUGUUGUCGCAUCGUUGCAAUCCUCCAAUCUGUUGCUGCCAGCUGGCAUUGCCACGUCAACGCGAUUCACGGGGCAGCAGUGGGACUACCCCAACGUGUGGCCGCCCCUGCACCAUGCCAUAUGCGAGGCGCUACUCCUCACUGCCUCGCCCCGUGCAAUUGCUCUCGCGCGCCCCCUAGCGCACCGCUUCCUGGCCACGGCGCGCGAGGCGUUUGAGCGCACGGGGGCCAUGCAUGAGAAGUAUGACGGCAGGCAGAGGGGUGCCGUGGGAAGUGGAGGCGAGUACAACCCACAGGUUGGAUUUGGAUGGACGAAUGGUGCUGUCCUAGGGCAAACCAAGCCGGAGGUGCGGAAGGAAGAGGAGAUACGCAAGACGUGUUUGGGGCGAGAGGGCACGGAUCUGGCAAGAAGAGGAAGAGUGAUGGGGGAGGAGCAGCCAGCGGAAGGCGCGGUGGAGAGCGUGUUCGGGCAGGAUGUGACUCACGGCUACGUCAGCAACGGCGACGUCAAGCUGCACUACGUGCACUGCGGCGCACCACACGGCCCGCUGGUCCGUGCGCCACCUCUUCCACUUCGUCAACGUUUCUCCUCCCAGUCCCCCAGUCCAUCCUCCACCAUAUACGCACGUCUGAUUCUCUCCCGCUGUGCCUUGCGUGCAUCCGAAUGUCCCCCGGCAGCUGCUGUGUCUGCACGGCUUCCCGUCCUUCUGGUACACGUGGAAGCACCAGUUCCACUUCUUCGCCAGGGCAGUCGCGGCUACCACGUGGUGGCGCCGGAUCUGCGCGGCUACAGCUGGUCGGGCAAGCCGCCAGACGUUGCCGCGUACAGCCGCGCGGCGCUGCUGUCGGACGUGGCGGCGGUGGCGGCGCACUUCGGCGUGCGGGAGGACGCGGACGGGCAGGCGCGCAGCAAGAUGGUGCUGGUGGGGCAUGACUGGGGAGGCAACGUGGCGUGGGAGUUCGCACACGACCACCCCGCGCUGCUGCAUGCACUCGUCAUCUGCAACAUGCCGCACCCCUCCGCCUUCGCUAAUGCUCUGCGCUCCAAGCCCACGCAGAUGCGGCGCAGCUGGUACAUCUUUCUCUUCCAGCUGGGCAGCCUGGGCGAGGCCUUCAUGUCGCUCAGCAACUUCUACAUGCUGCGCGGCGUCGUGCAGGGCGACCCCAAGGUGCCGCAGACCCACGACGACGUGCAGCGGCACGUGGCAGCGUUCUCCAUCCCGGGUGCGCUGACGUGCGCCAUCAACCUGUACCGUGCUGCCUUCCACAAGCACUGGCUCCGCCCUGCCACCUCCCACGCCACUGUGGAGGUACCGGUGCUCAUGCUGUGGGGCGAUGACGACUGGGCCUUCAACCCGGACCUCUCCCAGCCGCCUCCAGCCCUCGUGCCCGACUGCCGCGUUGUCCACUUCCCGCAGGCGUCGCACUGGGUGAUGUGGGACGAACAGGAGCAGGUGAACGAGCGCAUGCACGAGUUCAUCACCGCCACCACGCAUGGCACCCCGUCCAGCCCCACAUCGCAGCACAGCAGGUCGCGCAUGUGA